AGCCUACAUUAAUGUAAAACGUUUUAAGAGUAAUUUUUGUAAUAAGUCAUAAAUAAUUUGUUGUAUAAAAGAAAAAUUCAUAUAUUCAUAUAAUAAAUUAUAUACGUAUAAAUCUAUAUAUAUACAAUAUGAAAACGAUUUUUGCAAUAUUUGCUCUUAUUCUAGCGGUUAACGCCGAAUGGAAAAUUAAUACCCAAGAAGAUCUAAUGAAAUAUCGUGAAGAAUGCGUUGCCGAGAAAAAUGUACCAACAGAACAUGUUGACAAAUAUAAAAAAUGGGAUUAUCCAGAUGAUGAAACAACUCGUUGCUAUUUAGAAUGUGUUUUCAAUAAAAUGGGAUUAUAUGAUCCAAAGGAUGGCUAUAAUAUUGAUCAUUUAACACAACAAUUAAAACAUAAUUCGAAAGAUGAACAUGAUGAUAUUAGGUCAAGAAUUGAAAAUUGUAUUGAUAAAAAUGAACAAAAAAGUGAUUCUUGCGCAUAUCUAUUCAGAGGAUUCAAAUGUUUUAUGAGCAAAAAUCUUCAAUUAGUUCAACAAAGUAUUAAACAAUAAAACCCACUACAUUGCACAUAAAAUUACAAAUAUAAUCGCAGAUUGAGAAAUAAAACCAUUUUAAUUUUAAAUAUAUUAAAGUAAUACUCGACCAACAUCUUAUUAUUUAAGGGUUGUCACAUUAUUCUGAAAUAAUAAAGACAAUGUUAACAUGAGAACUGAUCAAAAA